UAGCUUGGAAAGGAAUAUUGGUUGCCGGAAGGAUUGCAGGCUGGAGGAAGGAUUGCCGAAAGGAGCGACCAAGAUGAGCUGGAUGCCUGGUUGAAUGCGAUUCAGCUAUCCAAGUUUUAUCGCCUUACCAGACAGCCAUGGCGCUAGAUCAUACGAUAACUGCCUAGCCAUCUGUGGGGAAAGACAGUCUUUAACACUUUUGCCUAAUCACAACCCAAAGGUGUCGGGUGACUCUCGUUCUAGCCAGAGCACAGAGAGAGGCAGGGGAGACAGGAAAGCAAGCCGAUUUCCGCCAAACACACAGUUAGUGUCCAGUACAGAUCUCAGAGAUCGGUUGUGGUCCCGAGGUGUAACACCUGCGUGUAACACAUAAAGACCCAGAAGAAGCCGGGAGGUAAACAAGAAGAUGGUCUUGCGACACGUCUCCAUUUGAGAACACGUCCGACGCCGACGAAGGCAUCUUAUAUGAUA